UAUAUAAUAUUUCCGCGAAAUUCUAUCGAAAUUUUCAUUGUUUACAUGUAAGCAACCAUGAAGACGGAAGUCAUUCUAUUCCUUUUCACAAAAACUCAUAUGUCAAAAACUAGAGUCCAUAAAUUAAUAAAAGUUAAAUGAGAAAAAAAUUAUAAUCUGCACACUUUAUAUAACAAAAUUAUUUGCAUCUAUCGAACUUGAGGUUUCUUUACUUUCAAUUUUAAUCCGGCUGAUGUUGCAACAACUCUUGUUCAACUGCCAUAACGGAGAUCAAGUAACCCACAGUUGUAAAGUUAUGUUCAAUUUCAGAGGAAAGUAAAAGCGAUUCAUUCUUUGAAUUCAUUUGGUAUCUAGAUGUACUGUGAUUGUAAACUUGUAUGAACACCUAUGUUAGCCGAAUAGGCGAUAAUUUUUGGACAGUUCGGAAUUAUGAAAUUUCUUGUUUUUUCUGCCGUUUUGAUAUUGUGUUCUGUUGGAGUUUUGGGUGACAAUUCAAUUCAACCAGUGGCUGUGGAAACUUCCAAUUCAAGCAGUCGAGCUAAAAGGAACAACUCUAGUAUAUCAAUCGGUGAAGCCUCAAAUCAAAAAACAACUCCUGCGAAUAUCAAGAAAGUAAUUUGCCCGAAUAAAAUAGAACGGAUUCCUUUCUUAUCGUUACCAUGCGAUUUUGAUAGUGAAUGUUCCAUAUUUGGAAGCAAGAUGGUGUGUUGCUUCAACAGGUGUAUUCAAGGGGUAGUUCCAUUGAAGAAAGAGGACAACCCUAAGGUACCCAAGGAGUUCUGA